AUGAAUAAAUAUAAAAUUCCAACAAUUAAAAACGAAGAGCUUCUUAUACCCUUGAAACUACCGAAUGAAAUAACAGAAACUGGGUUGGAAUUUAAAGAAUAUUUAUCAUUUAUUCAAUCAAUGCAAAAAGAACUUGAUAAAAAAUGGAGUUUCAAUACAAAGUUAUUUUUAUCUCUGAUUACCACAAUGGCUAUUUUUUUAAUUAUAUUAUUUGUUAGAAUUAUAAACCCUGUUAUACUUUCUAUAAUAUAUGGUGUUAUAUUUAUUGGGAUUUUAAUUUGUAAAUAUAUUCAUUUCAAAAAGUGGAAUCUUGGUGUUGACGAAAUAAUUCAAAAAUAUAAUACAAAACAUUUCUUUUUAGGUAUCAAAUAUGAAAAAAAAAAUAAAAUUAAACCAUUUGGAAAAAAGACCUAUGAUUUAACAAAAUUUUAUAUAUAUUAUAAAACAUCAAAUGUAACCCCCAAUCAUAAUCAAAAUAAUGAUCUUAAUCUUGUAAAUAAUAAUAAUAAUAAUAUAGUAUUAAAUAUAAAUAAUGAUGCUAUCAUUUUAUCAGAAAAAAUAAAUCUAAUUUAG